GCGAACUCAGGCGGCGGGUGGAGCCAGAGGCGCUCCGCCGCGGCCAAUCGCGCCACGACGGGGGAGGAGCCCCAAAGGGGGAAAAAAGAAAGUGCAGCGGAAAGUAAGAGGCUCAUUGGGCGACGACUGUCCGGAUCAGGGUCCCUAGGGCUCCGUUUUGACCAGACGCAGGGAAAGAAGCAGCGCUGGGCUAGUCGGCAUCCAUCCUCGCUGCUUUCCGCUGCGCCCACUCUGUCUCUCAAGAAAGUGAGAAGAGAAGAGUGGCCACCACGGGGCAUGAGGUUUACGUAUUUCCCUUUACUAUAAAUUCACUGUAAGUGGACUGCUGACCACAUCUAAAUUCAGGAUUUCUAGAUUUUCUAUUCUUCACAAAGAAAGAAAAGUGCCUGGAUUACAAAACAUUUCCAAGGAAAUGCAAAGAAGGGUGGACAAAAUGGGACUUCUGUGGUGUGUAAUGAGUCUCUACUUCUAUGGGAUCCUGCAGAGUGAUGCCUCGGAACGCUGCGAUGACUGGGGACUAGACACAAUGAGACAGAUUCAAGUCUUUGAAAAUGAGCCUGCCCGCAUCAAGUGCCCACUCUUUGAACACUUCUUAAAAUUCAACUACAGCACAGCCCAUUCAGCUGGCCUUACUCUGAUCUGGUAUUGGACCAGGCAGGACCGGGAUCUGGAGGAACCAAUUAACUUCCGCCUCCCUGAGAACCGCAUUAGUAAGGAGAAAGACGUGCUCUGGUUCAGGCCCACCCUCCUUAAUGACACGGGCAACUAUACCUGCAUGUUAAGGAACACCACAUAUUGCUGCAAAGUUGCAUUUCCUCUGGAAGUUGUCCAAAAAGAUAGCUGCUUCAAUUCUCCAAUGAAAGUCCCCGUGCACAAACUGUACAUAGAAUAUAGUGUUCAGAAGAUCACUUGUCCAAAUAUAGAUGGAUUUUUCCCUCCCAGUGUCACACCAACUGUCACUUGGUACAUGGGCUGUCAGAAAAUACAAAACUUUCAUAAUGUGGUACCUAAAAACAUGACCUUGAGUUUUUUCAUAGCCUUGGUUUCAAAUAAUGGAGAUUACACAUGUGUCGUUACAUAUCUGGAAAAUGGGCGUGAGUUCCACCUCACCAGGACUCUGACUGUAAAGGUCGUAGGCUCACCAAUAUAUGCAUUGCCCCCCCAGAUCCAUUCACCCAACGAUCAUGUGGUCUAUGAGAAAGAACCAGGAGAGGAGUUACUCAUUCCCUGUAAAGUCUUUUUUACCUUCCUGAAGGACUCUCACAAUGACGUUUGGUGGACCAUUGAUGGAAAAAAGCCAGAGGACACCACUAUUGAACUAAGUGUUAAUGAAAGUGUAAGUUUCAGCAAAAUAGAAGAUGAAACAAAAACUCAGAUUCUGAUCAUCAAGAAAGUUACUGCUGAAGAUCUCAAACGCAACUAUGUCUGUCAUGCUAGAAAUGCUAAAGGGGAGGCUUACCAGCCAGCCAAGGUGAAACAGAAAGUGGUAGCUCCAAGAUACACAGUGGAAUUGGCCUGUGGUUUUGGAGUCACAGUCCUGCUGGUGGUGGUUCUCAUUGUCGUUUACCAUGUUUACUGGCUGGAGAUGGUCCUGUUUUACCGAGCACAUUUUGGAACAGAUGAAACCAUUUUAGAUGGAAAGGAAUAUGAUAUUUAUGUAUCUUAUGCAAGGAAUGCCGAAGAAGAAGAAUUUGUAUUACUGACCCUCCGUGGAGUUUUGGAGAAUGAAUUUGGAUACAAGCUGUGUAUCUUUGACCGAGACAGCCUGCCUGGGGGAAAUACAGUGGAAGCAGUUUUUGACUUCAUUCAGAGGAGCCGAAGGAUGAUUGUUGUCCUGAGCCCAGACUAUGUGACAGAAAAGAGCAUCAGCAUGCUGGAAUUUAAACUAGGUGUCAUGUGCCAGAACUCCAUUGCCACCAAGCUCAUUGUGGUAGAGUAUCGUCCCCUUGAGCAUCCACACCCAGGCAUCCUGCAGCUGAAGGAGUCUGUGUCUUUUGUGAGCUGGAAGGGAGAAAAAUCCAAACACGCUGGCUCUAAAUUCUGGAAGGCAUUGCGGUUGGCUCUUCCCCUGAGAAGUCUGAGUGCCAGCUCUGGCUGGAAUGAGAGCUGCUCUUCUCAGUCUGACAUCAGCCUGGACCAUGUUCAAAGGAGGAGAAGUCGUUUGAAAGAGCCUCCAGAACUCCAGAGCUCAGGAAGGGCUGUGGGUACCUCUCCAGCCUCAGGCACAAUGUCCAAGCACAGAGGAAAGCCUUCUGCAGCUUGUCGCUGCUGUGUCACCUACUGUGGAGGAGAGAGUCACCUUAGGAGCAAGAGCCGGGCAGAGAUCCAUACCCAGCCCCAGUGGGAGACACACCUCUGUAAGCCUGUUCCCCAAGAGUCAGAAACUCAAUGGAUACAAAAUGGUACCAGAUUGGAAACCCCUGCUCCCCAGAUCUCAGCCCUUGCUCUUCACCAUUUCACGGAUUUAUCUAAUAACAAUGACUUUUAUAUCCUAUAAUUACCAUGUGGUGGGUGGUGGCUGCUGUCUCUACCAGCCCUCUUAGUACCACAGACCUAUGGGAAUAACUGACAUUUUUAUCAUCUAGUGGACUAACAGAUUGUGUCCCUGUAUUGAUUUUUAAAAACUAUUUAUUUCUAGGAGACAAAAGACCCGAAGGACCUGCAUCCAGAAUUAUUGCCUCUAAUGGCCUCAGAAGAGCACACUCUUCUUGGCCCCUAGAAGGUCAGUAUGUGCAAGUCACCUAAAGUCUGGUCCUCUAUCUUGCCCAAUGGUUUAAAACUGAGCAAAGAAUUUUAAUGUUUUCUUUGAGUUUGUUAAUCAAUGUCAUGUUAUGAGUCAGCCAGGUGUUCUUGGGCUAUGACACUUACAAGAGAUAUAUAUAUUCUCCCAAGGGAACAUUAUGGAAAGGAGUUUGUUCUGGUGGAUGCUGUAGGACUCAGAUCAACAGAAAACCUACAGCACAAUUUUCCGGGGAGAACCAAACACACCCACACAGGGAUACAUGGUGUCCUUUGCCUCACUGUAAACUAGUGUUCUCUAAACUGCCUAAAGUUGUUAGCAUCAAUAAAGUUAUAUUUUCAUGUGAUUUCAUUUGUACUAACAAAUUUUUACCCUUCUCUCUCUCUCUUCUACUUUUUGUGGCUUUCAAAUUCAUAUGUGAAGAGUAUUCCAUUUCAGGAAAUCAAGCUUUGCUUUAGGAAUUAGGAAAGUUGAGGUAUCUCUUUAGGUUCUUUCUAAUGCAUAGUAGGAGCUAUCUGAGGAAAAAAAGAACAAAAGAAAGAUAAAAUGUUUUAAAUAAAGUAGAAGUUUACGCAGAAAUUUCCUCAUAUGUUUAGAACUGACAGCAGAAAAAUUCAGUAUUGUUAGGGAUUUAGUGUAGAGUUUUGUGCCUAAAUCCCUUCUUCCCUUUCAGGAUUCUGAGAAGGGAUCAUCAACUUAAGUGCCUACAAGAAUUAGUAGGUAAGAAAAAGAAAAAAGGAGGCCAUUUACUGUGUAAGCAUAAUAUAUAUGCUCUCCAUGUAGGGCCCAUGAGCAUAAGGACAGAGGGACAGUCACAUACUUCUUUACUCUAAACAUUUUAGCACAGUCAUCGGAAGCAACAGCAUUUAAUCAGGGAGAUCAUAGAGACCAAUCAGGGAGAAAAUAGAGAUGGUUUGGUCUGUAGGUAAUUGAAGAAUAUUUUUUUUUUUAAAAAAGGGAGCAGCCUCUACUAAACUCCAUCUUGGUUUGUCAUUGAUUAGCCACACUGUUGGCAGAUAUUUCAGUGUUUAAGAAGAAUCUAAAAGUUCAGAUUUUUAUGUAAUUUCUCAAUUAUGAGAUGGCUUAAACUUAAAAAUAAAAAAGAAAAACAGCUAAGAACCAACAAAAAUACAUGAACACAUAGUCAGCCUGAGGGCCACUGGUUUGUCAUUUCAGAACUAGAACAUUGACCCAAACAAUAUCAGUCCAAGUGCAGAUUCAAGUGUCCCUGGCAAUAUUGAGACAGCAGAAGACAAGGAAAUAAUGGGAGAUGUUUAUUCUCUUUCUAAACUGAAGACAUCUAAACCCUCAGAGUAAGGCUGGUUUGACCUAACACUCCAUUAGAAGAGAAAAAGCUAAAAAUAGUGAAAAUAGUGUGCCUUUCAUUUACCCUGUAGAGGUUUCCUGUCUGGUGGGUCUACUGUAAGAAAAAAUUAGGAGCACAAUCUCCUCUUCCUGAAAAGUAACAAAAUACAAAGCGCUAAAGACCAUGCCAGCCAUGGGCAGUUGAUACAUCAGUGUAGGCUGCUAGUGAGAGACGGCCCAAUGAGCGUCAGUCAGCCUCUCCCAGGCUCUUACUGUGAAUGCGGGGUGGGGAAAGAAACCGAAGUUUUCUCUCACCACUUCUCUUACAGAAAAAGCAGAUCCCUUCUCUGUUGGACCAAGUAACUAGUAGGCCAUUUUCCUGUUAAAACAAAAAGAUGAAAUAAUAAGAACCCUCCAAGGUAAAUGUGACUCACCGUGGAACUUCUAAUGAGAAGUGACAGGCCACCAAAUCUAAAGACCAGCAGGAGAUGACUGAACACAGCCCACAGUUUAGGUUGUGUUCUUUGCUGAUGGUUUAUGUUGCAUUCUUCAUUGAAGUGAUUGAUCCAUUUCUGAUAUGUGCUCAAGCAUAUUCACUUGGAAAACAGCAGCUUCUCUCCAAAUCUGAUAAUGAAAGUUACUCAAUAUCCUAAGAAGGAGGAGAAUGAUUUUGCCCAUAAUCAGCUUUAUUCCUGAAUUAUUUCAGUGAAGAAAAAUAAAUGAAAGGAAUAUUAACAGAGGUACAAAAAUGAAACAUGAGCUCUUUCCUAUUAUGAAUAAGUAACGAGAUAAUUGUGGUGUUCUCAACAUAGAUACAGUGUAAGCACUAUAAAGUCAUGGCUUUGGGCAUUAGCUCUACAGGAAUCAGAAAAAUCACACUUUCUCCAUAUUUUAGUUGCAUGGAGAAAGGCCAGGAGGUUAUGUUAUUGGUCCCUAACCCAAUAUUCUGCAAUUGAAUGGAAUAUUCAGUGUCAUAUAUUCCAAUGAGGCAAAUGAUAAUAAGAAAAAUUUAUCAUGGACCAUGUAAAUUUAUAAUGGAAAUGAUAGGAUUAUAAGUUAAAUGGAUAUUACUUACAUAGGAAUACCACCUAUGUGAGAGCACAAGUUUGAGGUCAAGUAGAGAAGAAUGUGAGUUCUGCUUCUCUCCUGUGUGAUCAUUUGCUACCUGGAGCUCAAUCCCCUGCUAGCUAAAUAAGGAUAAGAUGGUUAACCUCGCUGGAUUUUGUGGGCAUUAAAAAAACACAAUGCAUGUAAGUGCUUAGCACAGUACUUGGAACAUUGUAAUCGAUAAGUAAGUGGUGCCUAGUACUAUACCCAUAAUAAAAUCAUUUUUCAUAGUUGCAUAAACUUACUUUUAUAUAGUAAUCUAUGGUUAAGAAAUUGAUUUUACAUAUAUCACUAUUUUUUACUCUAACAGGAUACACAAAAGAAGUACAGAACAGGAACUUAUUAUCCAAGUUAUGUGACUUUUUUAAUGACACUCGGGCAAUUAGUGAUAAGCUUGGGCCCCUAAUCUAGAAAUAUUAUAUGUGAUCCAGUGCCAAUUCCAGAAUUAUUCCUCUAAGAUUCAAGUGAAAGUAUUUCUAUUACAAAGCCACCUAAUUACAACUAUUUAAUCUGAACUGUUUUGCAUUAAAAUAAAAGCGGCAGUUAACAUAAACCCACACACAGCUAACUUAAUAUCCUAUCUGUUGUCUGAUGUGUCAUCUGGCCCUGUUUAUAUUAUUCAAUUUUUUAAUAUUAUAACAUUUGUCUAAAUGUUUUAAAAGUGGAGUCAUUUUUAUGUCUUCUGGGCUCUAUGAUCAUGCUAUAAUUUUAUACCAAAAUAAAUAAUUUGUAUUUGUCUUAAGAGAAAAUAAAAAUAUAUUCAUUAUUUAC